ACAAUUGCCUGCUCAAUUAUGAAACUGCUGGUUGCUUUGGCGUUGGUGGGUCUGGUGGGGUCGGCGGUGGCCGAGGAGUGGGUGUCUCCGGUGGAGCUGGACUACCAUAACAAGAUCGGGAUUCCCGCGGCGGCGCGCAUCAAGGCGGCCGAGCAGGCCCUGGACUUCGACGGCGCGAGGAUCGUGGGGGGCUCCGCUGCCCAUCUUGGACAGUACCCUUACCUCGGCGGUCUCGUGAUCAGCCUGACCAGCGGCGGCACCUCCGUAUGCGGAUCCUCUCUGCUGUCCAACACGCGCUCCGUGACCGCCGCGCACUGCUGGCGGAACACCCAGUCCCAGGCCCGUUCCUUCACCAUCGUCUGGGGCUCCACGCUGCUCUUCUCCGGCGGCACCAGGGUCUCCACCAGCGACGUCGAGAUGCACGCCAGCUACAACAUGCAGACUCUCGUUAAUGAUGUCGCCAUCAUCCGCCACAGCUGGGUUACUUACAAUAACAACAUCCACAACAUCAACCUGUCCUCUGGCUCCAACCUGUUCGUUGGAUCCUGGGCGUGGGCUGCCGGCUUCGGAGCGACCAGCGACUCGCAACUAGGCAUUCCUAGCACCGCGUUCCUGUCCCACGUGACUGUGCAGGUGGUCAACAGCAACGUAUGCUUGGCGGUCUACGGUGGCAACACGGUGCAGGCCUCCACUCUCUGUGUGGCCACCACUGGCGGCCGCGGCACGUGCGGCGGCGACUCCGGCGGCCCUCUGGUUAUCGACAACCAGCUGAUCGGUAUCACCUCGUUCGGGCACGUCGACGGCUGCCAGCGCAACCACCCCGCCGGCUUCGUCCGCGUCAGCUCCUUCGCGUCCUGGCUUUGGGCCCGCAUGUGAACACAACGCUGCGACUUGUCUUGACCAAUCGAUAAACUAUGAGAAAUAAAUUAAUUUGUAAUUUCA